AUGGUACCGCAAGCUGCUGAAGAUUAUAUCAUAAAGUGUCUUAAGAAAGAUAGAGAGACCAUCUACAGGUUUUGGAAGCCUGAUAAGAAGUGUGUUCUAAACUUUAGCGUUGAGGAUACUAGGUUAGCUCUGAGGAAAUUUGUGUCUUCUAACCCAUCUACAGAUUCAGAUAUCAAACCAGAUUGUUCUUUUGCAUCGACUGUCUAUGGUGGUCCUGCUGGGAUAUUGGCACAAUUGUUGGAACUGAAGUCAUGGUCUGAGGAGCAGACCAUUUUCCAUUUCUAUUCUUGUUCAGUGCUGAUGGUGUAUGAGAAGGAGUCAAUACUGCAAGGGAGGAAUUCAGGUGCUGAAAUCAAACUCAUCGAUUUCGCGCAUGUCAUCCAAGGCAAAGGUGUUAUUGACCAUAAUUUUUUGGGUGGGCUCUGCUCCUUGAUAAAAUUGAUCUCAGAUAUUGUCACCAGUCCUAGUGCCUGA